AUACUAUAAGACAGAAGCUCCUAAUCAAGUGGAACCAGAGAAAAAAAAUUGCACAGAUGUUGGAAGGUAAAAUGUUGCCACACAUCAUAACUAAGUUAAAGGAACAAAGCAGGAACCUUAACAUUGAUGUUGUCACUAGCUCACCUGAUGGGAUUGCAGAGGUUACAGCAAGGGAAGGUUCUAGUUACAGGUUCGUUGUAAACCUAAAGGAAAGGACAUGUUCAUGCAGGGCAUGGGAAGUUUCUGGAUUACCAUGCAAGCAUGCAAUUGCUUUUAUCACCUCUAUACCUGGAGAGAAGAUAGAAGAUCAUGUGGACAACUACUACUCGAUACAGAUGUUUAGGGCUGCCUAUGAAGGUAAAAUCCCUUCUUUACCAGACAAGUCCAUGUGGCCCAAAUCAGAACAUGGUUUCUUUAUGCAUCCUCCAUUAUUGAAGUCGACAGCUGGUAGGAGAAGGCAAAAUAGAUACAAGGCAGCAGUAGAGGGUGGUAGCAAAGGAGCUAAGGGUAGGCAUCAGUGUCCAAUCUGUCAGCAGUAUGGACAUCAUUGGUACACUUGUAAGGAUGGUGACCCAAACGACAUAGCUGCAAUGCUUGCGGAAAGAGGUCCACCUAAAAAGAAGAAAAAGAAGACAGCUCCAGCCAAUACUGAGACCAGUAUUGUGCUUGCAGCACCUGCACAAAGGAUGGCAUUUCCAUUUGUACAUGCUGUUGUUGAUCUAUCAAAGAAAAGAAAGAACAAAUCAUCCUCAUCAACUGGUGCAAAGAAACAAAAGAGUAGUUCAGCUGCUGAGGCUAGUGACCCUUCCGUGAGAGGGUCCGCAACAGGUUCAAAUCAGCAAGAUCUUUUGUUGAUUACAUAUCCAUCUGGAUCAAGUAAGCAGCACAUGGAUGAUAAGAGCACACGUCAGCAACAACACAAGAAGAAGAGGGCCAUUAAAAAAAUAACUCCAAGCAAGGCUAGUCCAGCCAUGUCAACACGCAGCAAGGUCCCUAGUUCCCCUUCUAGUCCAGCCAUGGGAACUAGAAGCAAGAAAAAACUUGAUCUGACUUGAUCUUUGAUGAGUCUGUAUGACAUGCUUUUGUAGCACUUGAGGUCUGCAAGACAAAGCAUUGUUUAGACUAGUAAUGAGGUCAAUGUGACCAUCUUUUGUGUGCGAAAUUGACUUUGUGAUCAAGCAGACUAUGCACUUGGAUGAUAUAUGUGGACCUCAUUUAUGUCUAAUUCUGUUUAAUUAAAUACUAAUUGUGGUUGUCUCAAA